AUGGUCCGAAACCUCGUUGUCCUGGGCGGUAGCUCGCAUCCUCAGCUGAACGCUACGAUCUGCAGACAGCUGGGCAUCCCUCCAGUCAACGUUCUGUUGACAAAAUUUUCUGUUGGUGAGACACGCGUUGAGAUCAAUGAGUCGAUCCGAGGGAAAGAUGUCUACAUUAUCCAAUCUGGUGGAGGAAAAGUGAACGAUCACUUGAUGGAACUUUUUAUUACCAUCUCGGCUUGUAAGACUGCCUCUGCCAAGCGAGUCACUGCUGUCCUUCCUCUCUUCCCAUACUCUCGCCAAAGCGACAUUCCUUACAACAAGGCCGGAGCUCCCCUCGUAAAAUCGGCCACUGUCGCCAAACCAGAGGCUAGCAACGCUUACACCUUCGAGAGCACCCCGCCUACCCCACCGGCAGGAAAUAUAGAAAGCAACGGGCUUCAGAACGGACUAGAAGGGCUUCACAAGGGACUCGCUCAAGUCCAGCUGAACGAUCUCGAGAACGCCGGUUCUCUUAACAAGGCUGUGCGACUUUCUCACUACGUUAAUGGGAUAAAACGCAGUGACACCUUAGAUUCCCAAAAGUCUGAAAAUGGCCACCACCGUAUUCCUACUAGCCACAGCGAUGAAACAGCAAACAAUGCGUCGAAUACCUUAAAGAUGAACGCAUUCCAACCCCGCCCUGGUUACCGACAAUGGGUUGCCCAAGCAGGAACCUUGGUGGCGGAUCUGCUCACCUGUGCUGGUGCAGACCAUAUUAUCACCAUGGACUUGCACGACCCUCAAUACCAAGGCUUCUUUGACAUCCCUGUUGACAACCUUUACGGACGUCCUCUUCUGAAAAGAUAUAUUCAACAGAAUAUCCCUAAUUUCCACGAAGCAGUCAUAGUCAGUCCCGAUGCCGGAGGAGCUAAGCGAGCUACAGCUAUUGCAGACUCUAUGGGCAUGGAGUUUGCCCUUAUUCACAAGGAACGUCGUCCCACCAAGAUCACGGACCGUCAGAAUGCCACGAUGAUGCUUGUCGGAGACAUCAAAGACCGGACAGCUAUUCUCAUCGAUGACCUCGCUGAUACCUCCAACACUAUUACCCGCGCCGCCAAGUUGUUGAAAAAGGAAGGAGCUUCGAAGGUCUACGCCUUGGUCACACAUGGUAUCUUCAGUGGCGAUGCCAUUGAUAGGAUAAAUGCCAGUGCUCUGGACAAAGUCGUUGUCACAAACACAGUCUCUCAGGAAAACAACCUAAAACGAUGUCCUAAACUUGAAGUUCUGGAAGUUGGCCAAGUUUUUGCUGAGGCAAUCCGUCGUGUUCACCAUGGUGAAAGUAUCAGUGUUCUGUUCCAAUAUGACUGA